UUUAAUUUUCAUAAAAAAAUAAUAAUAAUAAAAUAAAAAACACAGCGCGCAACAGAGAGAGAGAGAGAGAGAGAGAGAGAGAGGGAGAUAAAACAAGUGGUGGUGGUGGAGGAGGAGUUGUUAAGAGAAUAUUCCGGAAUUCCUCAGCCGCCGGAGUAGGCAGUAGACGCAGCGGUAGUAGUAGAAGGCGGCGGCGGCGGUGGUUGUGGUGGUGAGGAAGGAAAAAAAAAAAAAAACAAAAAGAAGAAAGAAGGGAUAUGGCGAUGCGUGAGCUUGUUUCGGGUGGAGCUGCUUGUGCGGUUCCUGGCUCUUCUUCUUCAUCCAAUCCUCUCGGUGCUCUAGCCAACUCUCUUAUCGGUUCUUCUUCCAAGACUAAGGAAAGGCUAGAGGAAAUCCCUACGUCAACGUCAACAAGUUCAGGGAGGCAGUUUGAUGAACAAUAUCAACCGCCACAACUCCCUGGCUCCGAAUUUGAUCGGCCAUUUCUGCAACCCGGCACUCAGGGAUCGGAUUUUAUUGGCGCUUUUCGUUCCGCGGAUCAUGGUGGACUUGCAGAUGCAUGGGAUGAGAUACAGCAGCAUUCUCAUGUUGCUCCUCCUCUUCCUCACCCAAGAGAUGCAGAAUUCCAACGCAUAUAUGAUCGGGGACCUGCUCAACCAACUUUGGAGGGCCCACCACAAAGAGUGUUGUCAAACUUUUUGCACUCAUUCGUUGAGAGUAGUCGUGGUGGACUACCGUUUCAUCCCACUCCACUUCCUAUGUUAGGAUUGUCAGAAAGAGACAAACAAUGCAUACGUGACCGUAGCAGCAUAAUGGCCCGGCAUUUUUUUGCAGAUAAAAGUGAAGAUUUUAUUUCAGCACAGGUAAAUGCACUUCUAUCUUCUUUAGACAUAGAUAGUGAUGUCCGAGCUAAGGGACCUCAGCCUGCCCCAGUAAGGGAAUUGGAGGCUUAUUGGAAUGAGUCCCAAGGUAUCAUGCAACCAAAUUCUCAUGCUACAGAUGGAUGGGUUGCUGAAUUUGGUCAACAACGACAUGGAGAUCCUAAUGCUUGGGUUCACUCAUUUGAACAACAACAUGGUUCCAAUGGUUGGGCCUCUGAAUUUGAGCAGGAGCAAUCUCAGUUGGCUUCGGUGGAUCAUAUGAGAGGUGUAAAUGUUGCAAACUUAGCUGCAAUGGAGCAGACUCGUAUGCUUGCAAAUACUUUAGCUCAAAAUGGUGAUCCUAAAUUUCAGAAUUCGAAGUUUCUUCAGUUUGUAUCAAAGAUGAGUCGUGGUGAACUCAUUAUUGACGAUAACCAAGUAAAGCCUACAUCUGGGGAUUGGGCAACAGAAUAUCAACAACAGUAUAAUGCAGGUCCUUCUUGGGCUGAUGAAUUUACUUCACAUGGACCUGAUCGGUGGGUGAAUGAGUUUGCUUCUGAAAGAGAACAGCAACGGUCAGUUGAUGAUAAGUGGAUUGAUGAAUUUUCUAAUUUGCGGGUUAAUGACUGGGCAGAAGAAUUUGAGAACCAGGUUGGUGAAGGAGCUUUGGGGGAUAAUUCUGCAGAUAAUUGGGCUAAUGCUUAUGAUGAGUUUAUGAAUGAGCAAAUAGCUACCAAGCAGCAUUCAGAUGCUUCGAAGGGGAUCUAUGUCUUCUCUGAUAUGAAUCCUUAUGUUGGUCACCCCAAUCCCUUAAAAGAAGGCCAGGAUCUGUUCCGCAAAGGACUUUUGAGUGAAGCAGUCCUUGCUUUAGAGGCUGAAGUUCUGAAAAACCCUGAAAAUUCUGAAGGUUGGAGGCUACUUGGAAUAGCACAUGCAGAGAAUGACGACGACCAACAGGCUAUUGCAGCCAUGAUGCGUGCACAAGAGGCUGAUUCAACAAAUUUAGAAGUGCUUCUUGCUCUUGGUGUGAGUCAUACAAAUGAAUUGGAGCAGGCGGCUGCAUUGAAGUACUUAUUUGGUUGGCUACGUCACCACCCAAAGUAUGGGACACUUGCCCCUCCUGAGCUAUCUGAUUCUUUGUAUUAUGCUGAUAUUGCUAGAUUAUUCAAUGAAGCUGCUCAACUGUCACCUGAUGAUGCUGAUGUGCACGUAGUACUUGGUGUUCUUUACAACUUAUCUAGAGAAUAUGACAAAGCAAUUGAGUCCUUCCAGACAGCUUUGAAACUCAAGCCACAUGACUACUCUCUCUGGAACAAGCUUGGUGCAACACAAGCAAACAGCGUUCAGAGUGCUGAUGCAAUAUUGGCUUAUCAACAUGCACUAGAUUUGAAGCCUAAUUAUGUUCGGGCAUGGGCAAACAUGGGUAUCAGUUAUGCUAAUCAGGGAAUGUAUGAGGACUCGAUUCGUUACUAUGUCCGCGCACUUGCAAUGAAUCCAAAGGCAGAUAAUGCUUGGCAGUAUUUGAGAAUUUCUCUGAGCUGUGCUUCAAGAGAUGACAUGUUGGAAGCUUGUGAUUCUCGGAACCUUGAUGUUCUCCAAAAAGAGUUCCCACUAUAAUAUAAUUUGGGCAUGUUGACAUGAGACUGAUGGGAAUGUACGUCUAUUUUGGUUGUAUUGAUGAGAUUAUUAGUUGGGCAAAUUGACAUGAGACUGAUGAAGUGGAAUAAACAAUGUAUAGGUCAUAUAUUUAAAAACAAAAUAUGAAUAAAGAAUAACAAAGAAAAUCAAUCAAA